AUGGCGCCCGUCAUCUUCGGCCUGCCUUUUAGCGAGUUCACAUGGUCCAAAUUCGGCAAUGCAAACAUGUGGAACAAUGUCUACCACUUGAGAAGAACGAAAUUCAUUGUCUACCAGCUCGCCAUGAUCUUUUGCGUUGUCUCAGAAUCUCUCGGAACCGAUGCUCUGUCGCGAUUCGUAAGCCAGCAGAAGUACAUCGAGAAACACGCACCUGGCGCUAGCGAAUACAACAAUGACUACGUUGGUGUCGCUUCCUACAACAUCUUCGCCGGAAUCUACGUGGCCACUAUCUUUGGUGGCGCUUUCUUCUUCGACUUGAUCUGGCCUGAGAGACACGAGGACCGUGGUGUCAGAGUUGCUUGGAAGAUCUGCGCCAUUGCUGGUAUCUUUGUACACCUUGCCAGCUGUAUCGCCAUGACCGUCAUUGUCGCGACGAAGACCGCCUAUACCACCGGUAUUAGCACUGCCGAGGGAAACAGACUGGUUACAGAGAACGGCAAGACUCCUCUGGACUACAGACACAGCGCCCGUAUCGUCACUUCGGUCGUCUUUGGAUGGAUUGGAUGGGUCUUCGUCAUUGCUAGCACUGUCAUCCUUGUUGUUGGCAAGAACCACGACGAGAAGGUCGGACCUUGGAGCACCCACGUCCGCGAGGCCAAGAAGAACAACAUUGACGUCGAGUCCAACUUCGUUUCAGGACACCCAUCGGAGAAGCCUUUGACCAACCCUCUUACUGGCGAGCAACCCGAGGCCCUUCGUCCCAACCGCCCUGAGGCUGCUCACGUUCACGAGCCUACUCGUGUCCAGGAGGCAUCGACCGAGACACAGAACCACCACAGCUUUGACUCGAGCGCACCGCCCGUCAACCCUUCCCAUGCUUGA